AUGCCGCUUCCGACUCGUGAAUUAGGUAAAACUGGAAUCAAAAUUCCAACAAUUGGCUUUGGAUGUAUGGGAAUGAGUGAUUUUUAUGGACAAUCUGACGAGAAAGAAAACAUUAGCGUAUUGAACAAAUCGAUCGAAUUAGGAAGUUACUUUUGGGAUACUUCGGAUAUGUAUGGAAUUGGAGCUAAUGAGAUCCUUUUGUCAAAAGUUCUUAAAGAACGUCGUAAUGAAGUAUUUCUUUGUACAAAAUUCGGAGUCGUUCGAGGUCCAAAUGGAGAAUUUUUAGAUAUUAAAGGUGAUCGUGAUUAUGUUCGUCAAGCUUGUGAAAAAUCGUUGAAAAGGCUUGGGGUUGAUUAUGUUGACCUCUAUUAUCAACAUCGUGUGGAUCCAAAAACUCCUAUUGAGGAAACCGUUGCCGCUUUGGCGGAACUUGUGAAAGAAGGCAAAGUGAAACAUAUCGGACUCUCUGAAUGUUCCGAGAACACACUUCGACGCGCUUGUAAAGUUCAUCCAAUUGCAGCUUUACAGAACGAGUAUAGUGUUACCAUAGUCGCUUAUAGCCCACUUGGUCAAGGAUUCUUAACCGGAAAAUAUAAAUCAAUUGAUGAUUUUGAUCAAAAUGAUGUUAGAAGGAAGUGUCCACGUUUCAUGGGUGAUAAUUUUAACAAGAAUUUAAAAAUUGUUAAGAAAAUUCAAGAAUUCGCAAGCAAGAAGGGUGUUACUGCAAGCCAACUUUGUCUGGCUUGGGUCUUGGCUCAAGGAGAAAAUAUUGUUGUUAUUCCUGGUACACGGAAAAUCAAAUAUUUAAAAGAAAAUGUUGGCGCAGCUAAUGUUCAACUUUCGUCUGAGGAAUUAUCUGAAGUUCGUCAAAUUAUUGAUUCUAUUGAGAUCAUUGGGCACAGAUAUUAA